GGGAACAUUCAGACCUUAACUGCUAUUGAUCUAGACAAAUAUGGAGCACAUGCAUGGCUUCUUUCCCCUCCAUGCCAACCAUACACACGACAAGGUCUUCAAAAGGGCUCAGCUGAUGUGCGAGCAUUUUCUUUCAUCAAGAUCCUGGAGCUUAUUCGACAUAUGCUGCACCCUCCAUUAAUGUUAUUCAUGGAAAAUGUUGUUGGGUUUGAGACAUCAAAUACUCACAAGCAGAUGAUAGAAGUUCUGAAAAGAGUUGGCUUUGUCACUCAAGAAUAUAUCUUGAGUCCGUUGCAAUUUAAAGUACCAUAUUCUAGGCCUCGGUACUUUUGCCUGGCAAAAAGGAAGCCCUUGUCUUUUCAGCACCCAUCCUGUAAUAGCCAACUGCUUUGGACUCCCUCUUCACACUUGACGUCAAGGAAUAUCAUACCUAAGGAUGGACACCAUUUAUCCAAUGAAGGACAGGAAGAAUUUGACAUAUUGUGCGAACCAAUAAGGAACUAUCUGGAAACACAAACUUCAUAUAAUCCGCAGCCAGAGUAUGCUGGAGUCAGUUUCUGCCUCAAGUGUAAUGUCUGUACAGUGAAUUUUGAAAAGAACACUGGUGACCCUUUAAUCAACAGUGGUGCACCUCAAGACAUAGAAAAUACCAAUAUCUGCAGUGACAAUAUUGUUGAAGAGGUUGAAGGUGCUAAGGAAGACAAAAUUGCGUUGGACAAGUAUGCAGUUCCGAUAAGUUCUAUUGAAAGGUGGGGAAAUGCCAUGGAUAUUGUGUACCCUGACUCCAAGCGCUGCUGUUGUUUCACAAAAAGUUAUUAUAGAUAUGUGAAGGGAACAGGCUCUUUACUGGCAACCUCCGAAAGCAUCAACUCAAAGCCAGCAAAAAAGCUUGAAAUUUCCUCCUUAAAAGAGUUGCAUCUUCGAUUUUUCACCCCAGAGAGGUAGCAAAUCUGCAUUCUUUUCCAGCGGAUUUCCACUUCCCACCACACAUAAGCCUUAGACAACAGUAUGCCUUGUUGGGGAACAGUCUAAGUGUAGCAGUCGUGGCUCCCUUGCUCCAGUAUCUAUUCACUGAACCUACGUGAAGUGCAAAAUUGCCUGUUUUAGCAAAGGGCUACCUUGAGCUUGUUUACAUCUGGAACAUUGAUGAUGAAUGUCUUCCUGAAGUUUAAUGUCCUAGUGACAAAGCAGCAAGGAUAAACUGAGACAGAAUUGUGCAAACAAUUUCUGGAUUAUCCUCAUCAUAAACAUGAAAGUGGUACCCCUCAGAUCCGCCAAUAAGCACUUGACUGCUGAUGUGUGACAUCCAUGCAGGUUUAAAGUACAGUUCAGUUGAUAUCGGAUAGGCUGGCUGCCACAUUGAUUUGUAAUGCGAUCUACAGAUGCAUACCACUAGAAGAAAAGAAAGCUACAUUUGAUAGAUACAUCACCGAGUUAGUGGCUGAAGCUAUAGGCAAAAAUUUUCUUUUUUCUAGCUGUACCGCAUGGAGUCAUGAUUUGCUGAUUCAGCUGCCUAAACUACUUUCUGAUGGAACAAGAUGUUCAGUAUCCAUUUAUCUCUGCAAAUUUAAUUGUUAAUUUUACUAAGAAUCUCUCUCUAGAAGCAGAUCAAGAGCUGACGUGUACAUGUUUGAGGUUCAAAAUCACUCAUUCUGUUGGAGGCGGCUAUUCAAGUAUUUUUCUAUUUAUUUAACUAGCCGUUGUGACAUUUGUUGGAUCCAAAUCCGGUUGGGGAUAGGCCUAUUUGCAAGAAAUUUUCUGUUUGAGCUUCCUGUAACAUCAUCAGUUGUCUGCUUUAUUUGGUGAAGAUUGUUUGCACGUGCUUACCAUGCAGUAUGUGCUUACCAUGAAUACAGGUCGGAGAAGGGUCUGGGACCGGGUCUUUGUGAGGGUUGGAACCGUGGGAGUAUUAGUCUUUCCUGCGAGAAACUUUGAAAGCUACAUUUGGGUAUGUCAAACUUUUUUACUGUUUGUUUUAACGAUAGUUUGUUCCCCCGUAAUUCAAAUACAUGCUAUUCGAAUACAGGCUGUAAUUGAAAUUUGGUUGGAAAAAUCAUUGAUGUUUAGUUGUUU